AUUCCCCAAAAACAUUAUGCAAACGCCAUAAAAAUCUAUCGCUUUGAUUAUCACGUUUACAGAAUUCAUUCUCCACAUUGGUAGAGACGGAAGAUCAUUACAGAGUUGAAACUGCUCAAUGUUCUACUAAUUAUUUCUCAUUGAAUUUCAAUUUGAAUUCUCCUUCCAAAAAUGUCUCAACUCUUAUCUUCCACUUCCACUUGUUUCCCCUUCCUAACUCAACCUCCUUUUCUCAGAUUCAAGGGUGCACUAGGUUUAGGUAUUAAGCCAUUUCAUGCAUCUCAGAAGAUAAGACCUAAAACCUCAUGUGCUAUGAAUAUGUCUGCUGCACAUUCAUCAGAUGAUGAUAGAAAACUGCAAUUUGACCGGUUGAUUAACAAAGCGCGUAAGCUUUGGGACAAUUCUCCUCAGCCAGUGAAGAAUUUCCCUUGGAACGCUGCACUGGGAAACUUCAUUGAACUUGUUAUCGAUCUUACUUUGGCUGUUGUCAAAUAUCUUUAUGUACCUGUGUUUACAGUUACUUCCAUCAGCGAGUUAUCCUAUUGCGCACGUCAAAGGAAGCUUGUUCUUGUUCCUGUUCCGAUUCUCCUUGGAGCUGCUGUUGCUGGGAUCCUUAAUCAGACUGCAUUGGAGUUGUCUCCACGGCUAAGGGAUGCAGAAGUUCCAUGGCAUUUAAUUGCAAUUGCAAUUCUCUUCACACUGAUCAAAUUGCCAGGUCCAUAUUACCCUUAUUGGGGACGUAUACUAAUUCCUCACUUUGCAAAUGGAGUUUUAUUGAGGGCUCUAUGGUUUGCAAUAUUGUGGUAUAGAAGACCUAAAGUAUUGAAGAUGUCAGAGUCUGAGAGUUAGUUAAUCCCCUGAGCUAUGGUACAAGGUUGCAAAGUCCAUUUCAGUGGAAACAAAAAUUCUCACAUAAUGAAGAAGAGCUUGGAAAUUCAAACAGUACAUUGAGAAUUUAAUUGAAAUUAGAAUUCACUGUUGAGAAAAGAUGUAGACUGCUAUACUUGGCUAUUUGUCAUGAGAAUGGCUGAUAAGAUUUUGUUGAAUGAUCCAGAUAAUCAGGUAGAUUAGCAUUAAAUUGAUGUCAGUAGCGAUUCAUCCUUUUUGUAUAAGAAUAAGUAUUUAGUCUUGUCAUGCUUCUCAAACUUGUGGAGAAAGGGUAAAUGUUUUUGUUA